AUGUCCGAUCGCUGGCUCUGGUUCUCGUGCGGAAUAGCGGGCUUUGUCGCAUGCAAGGCAAUCCAACACAAAUUCGCCGAAAUCAUCGACUUGACAAGCAUCCAUCGCAAAGCUCGACAGGCGGACAAGACGCAAUCGACGGGAGGAGACGACGAAGAUGGAGAAGAAGAAGAAGCUCCACCAGAAGAGACAAUCUCCCUCUCAACACUCCGCACUCUAACCUUACACCCCUCCCACCGCAUCUCCACAGCAGCCACAUCCCUCAUCAUCCAAAAAUUCUCCUCCAACCCGCAAGCCCUCCAUGAUCUCCGCGUAGACGCCACACACGCCUCUCCCCUACGCCGUGCUCGCGCGCAAAUCGCCUUGAAAUUCCUCGAAGACUGGGCGGGAGGUCUCACGGGCACCGCAAUCGAAGAUGAGGAUCCCUCCUUCUUCUCGCCUUCUCCAACUCUACAAGAUCGAGAACUCACGGCUUCGCGAUUACAAGAAAUGGCCAUUGAGAUGCUGCGGCCUAGACCUCCUGGAGCGUCGACGACGACGACGGAUACGAUGGGGGAGAGAUUGACGAGUUUGGCGACGGAAUUGGAGGAGCAGGGGGUGGAUUAUCGGAGGGUUUUGGGGAAUGUGAGGAUUCAUGAUUUACAUUAUGCUGAUGAUGAUGAUGAUGAUGAGGAUUAUGAGGAGGAUGAUGGGGAUGGGGAUGAGGGACAUUUGGAGAAUGCGAGACAGUUGGGUUUGGAGAAUUUCGCGGGAUUGGAUGGGAGUCGGUGGUCGCAGCAGAGGAGAGAGAGGAGAGAGGCCAUGGUGCUAAUGGAUGAGGUCGAGCAUGACCAUCAGCAUGACCAUCAGCAUGAGAAUCAGCAUGAGGAGGGGGGCUGA